AUGCGAAAGCGCGGCACCAUGACGCCAGCAAGCUGUACACUACCACAGGAAGGACCAGUCGGUCCUGCUCCGACACAGACUGAGUCUUCAUCUACAGCAGUUGAAGACAUGUCAAGUGCAGCUCCAUCUACACCGAAUGAAGACCCGUCAAGUGCAGCAUCAUCUACACCAGUUGAAGACAUGUCAAGUGCAACUCCAUCUACACCAAUUGAAGACCUGUCAAGUGCAACUUCGUCGCCGGUGUCUUCACCAAGUAAUUCCGUACCAUGCAAUGAUAUACCAACUGCAGCCUUGACCGGCUCGCAAGGCAAGCGAAUGCGAAAGCGUACUGCCGAGAUAAGCAACGAGAGGCCACGCAAACGAGAUAAGCUGAUUGUGUCGGAGGAAAAGUGCCGCAUUCAGACGGAUUUGGCACAAAAACUGAAGACAUUUGAGGCAAAAGCUCCCUGGAAGACCGUCUAUGGCAAUUUACCAGUGCCGUUCGAUGAGACCGAAUAUCCAGUACUUGCAAAGAAGUUUGCUCAGUUUUGGCGCAGACACUCUCGCGCUGUGUGGGAGCGCAACUUCUGGGCACCCAUGUCGCGCAAGCUCAAUUUGGCUGAUUUCAACAGACGCAACAAUCGCCAAUUUACGGCCAAGACUGCGUUCGAGUCGCUCAUCGUGUCAGUGUAUGAAACAUUUGGUGCAGCUUUUUUUGUCAAGCUCGAUACCCAGAAGCCGCGGCACCCAGGUUGGUGGUAUUACGGCCCCGUUGUCGCUCUGUUCGCCCUUCAUCAGAUCAAAGGCGAAGAAGCAAUGUGGGAAUACGUCACUCGCGAGGUGUUGGAGCGUUUUCCGGACUGCAAGCUACCGGUUCCGCUGACUGCGGCAAACUCCGGUGCGAUACGAAGUCGAUACAAAGGAGAGAGCGGGUCCAUGUGGAUGGCUAACCACUACUUAACGACCACCAUACUACGUGAGAUUGAUGAGCUAAAAGCACGACAGCAGGUUUGUGAACAAUCAUAG